UGCUUCGCUUUUAAUUUAUAGCGAAGGUUUUGAUUUAGACGGCAAUGGCGUAAACAGAGGUCAUCGAAGCGUGUAGGUACGCGGGGGUGGUGGUGUGGAGGACGGACGGUGGGUGAGUGUGGGGAGUUAGAGGAGAGUGCGAGGGAGAUAAAAGGUUCCCAGAAAGGAGCUAAAUUUUAAGGAAACCUUUUCUUUUUGGCGAGCGAGAGAGAGACAGAGAGAGGUGGAGGUGGGAAAAGGAGUGAUGACAGCACACUUUAGUGCGACUCGCCGGGCGGCGUGGUUGCUGGCGGUGGCAGCAGUAGUAUGCUUAUCGUGCAGCGAAGAGGCGGCGGCGGCGGCGGCGGCAACGAGGAGGGUGGAGGUGAAGCGGCAUCUUAAGAAGCUCAACAAGCAGGCCGUCAAGAGCAUCAAGAGCCCAGAUGGAGACAUCAUAGACUGCGUCCACAUCUCCAAACAACCCGCCUUCGAUCACCCCUUCCUCAAGAACCACACCAUCCAGAUGAGGCCAGCAUUUCACCCGGACGGCAUGCUCUUUGACGAGAGCAAGCUUGCAUCGAAGAAGACGCUUCCAUCCCAAUCCCAGCUCUGGCACAAAAACGGCAGGUGCCCGAAGAACACCAUCCCCAUCAGAAGAACAAAAAAGGAUGAUCUGCUCAGAGCCAUGUCCGUGGAGAAUUAUGGCAGGAAACAACACAGGAGCACCCCUAAUCCACUCUCUGCUGAACCUGACCUCCUCAAUGAGAAUGGCCACCAGCAUGCAAUUGCCUACGUCGAAGGAGAUACCUACUACGGGGCAAAGGCUACCAUCAAUGUGUGGGAGCCAAGGAUUGCGCAGGGCAAUGAGUUCAGCCUGUCUCAGAUUUGGAUUCUGGGAGGUUCCUUUGGGGAAGAUCUCAAUAGCAUUGAGGCCGGUUGGCAGGUAAGCCCUGAUCUUUAUGGGGAUGACAACACCAGACUCUUCACUUACUGGACUAGUGACUCUUAUCAAGCCACAGGAUGCUACAAUUUGCUAUGUUCUGGAUUCAUUCAAGUCAACAGUGACAUUGCAAUGGGUGCAACUAUCUAUCCCAUUUCAAGAUUUGAGGGUUCGCAAUAUGAUAUCAGUAUACUUGUUUGGAAGGACCCAACGGAAGGUCAUUGGUGGAUGCAAUUUGGGAAUAACCAAGUGCUCGGUUACUGGCCUUCCUUCCUCUUCUCCUACCUCGCAGAGGGCGCCUCCAUGAUCGAGUGGGGAGGGGAAGUUGUGAACUCUGAAGCAGGUGGUGAGCACACGUCCACUGCCAUGGGCAGUGGCCACUUCCCUGGAGAAGGCUUUCGCAAGUCCAGUUACAUCAGGAACAUCCAAAUAGUUGAUGGAUCCAACAUCCUGAGGAAUCCAACGGACGUUGCCACCUUCACAGAGCAACCCAACUGCUACGAUGUGCAGGUUGGAAAUGGGGGUCACUGGGGACACUACUUCUACUACGGAGGUCCUGGCAGAAACUCAGAAUGUCCCUAGAAACUAAACUAAAAAAAAUUCCUCAUCCCAAGUGUAAUUCCUCAUCAAUGAUCUUCCUUUAAUUUCCUCAGUUGUAUUAAUUUUACUUGUUUCUCUUAAUGCUGUCCUCUCCGUGAAAGUGUAUGGAGAGAGGUGAUAUGCGUCUUGGAAGAGAUAAGGCUUGUGGUCCUGUGUUUCUUCCUUUUUUCUUGUAAUUUAUACUCUGGGUUCUUUGUUCAGUUCUAUAAUGAUAUCUAAUGAGAUUUGUCUUUGAAUGUUUUCAAGGACAACUGUAAA